AUGAAGCAUUUAUAUUCUGCAUUAUAUACAUUAAUUGAUGAUCAAGGAAAUGGUAUUUUAUCAAGAUGGUUAGCUAAUAAUAAAAAUCUUAAUAAUAAAGAAGCUUUAAUGAAAUUAUUUGAAAAAAUAGUUGUACCAUUUCUUUAUAAUGAUGGUAAUGGUAAAUUAAUUCCAAUAUCUGAUCUUGUUAUGCUUAGAAAUAAACAAAGAAAUGCUAUGUUAAGUACAUUAAGACGUAAAAAAGGACGAGGAAAAAGAGGACCAAAUAUAUUAGAUGAAAUAGAUAUAAAUUCACAGUCAAAUGGUGAUUUUCGUAAAGCAUUAAAAAUAUUAGAUGGUUGUACAUCAAGUACAAGAGCUUUUAAGUAUCGUGAACUUGUAUGGGAAAUAUCAGAACGUGGUACAAUGGGUGAAAAUUUACUUCAUAUGUGUUUAUUACAUAAUACAAAUAAAUUAAAAUAUGUAGCUAAAGAAUUAGUUAAACAAUAUCCUAAAUUAGUUAAUGAUAUUUUUAUAUCAGAAGAAUAUUAUGGAUUAUCACCACUUCAUCAAGCAAUUGUUAAUGAAGAUCUUCCAAUGGUAUAUUUUUUAUUAAAAAAUGGUGCUGAUGUUAGACAACGUUGUUAUGGAUCAUUUUUUUGUGCUGAAGAUCAAAAAGCUUCAAGAACUGAUUCAUUAGAACAUGAAUGGGUUGAUUUAGAUCAUAGAACAAGAUAUACAGGUCAAAUGUAUUGGGGUGAAUAUCCAAUGGCAUUUGCAGCAUGUGGUAAUCAAUAUGAUUGUGUACGUUUAUUAAAAGUAUUUAAAAGUGAUCCUAAUUUAAAAGAUACAAAUGGUAAUACUGUUCUUCAUUUAUGUGUUAUUCAUGGAUUAGAAGAUAUGGCAAAAUUAAUAUAUGAAAUGGGGGGAAAACUUUCAAUAACUAAUAAUUUAGGUUUUACACCAAUGGCGCUUUCUGCAAGAUUAGCAAAAAAAGAAAUGUUUGAUUUAAUGCUUGACUUAGGCAAAGAAACGUUAUGGACAUAUAGAGAUACAACAUGCUAUGCAUAUUCUUUAAAAAGUAUAGAUACUGUUGAUGAAAUAAAUGGGCAUUUAAAUACAAAUUCUAUUUUGUCAUUAGUUGUUUAUGGUGAAAGCUCACGUCAUUUAAAUUUUUUUGAUGGAUUAUUAGAAGAAAUUCUUGAAAAAAAAUGGGAAGCAUUUGGUAAAAGAAUGCUUUUUAGGUCUUUAAUAGGAUAUUUAAUUUAUCUUGUUGCAUUUUAUACAGCUUUUAUGACAAGAGAAAUAUUAUUAAUAGAUACUGAUAAUCAAUAUGUUUAUUCAUCAAAUUAUUCAUUAAUGUAUCAAGAAUAUAGAUCAUCAUGUUAUUUAUGGAAUUAUGAAGAUAAAAAUGGAAAAUAUUAUCAAAAAGCAAGAAUGAUAGGGGAAAUAGUUUCAUUUAUAAUUGCUUUAUUAGUUAAUGUAUUUGAAAUAAAAGAAAUGAUACAAGUUGGGCAACAUCGAUGGUGGAAAAUGACUACAGCGUUUCCAGAGAAAGCUUUAUAUAAAAUGUCAUUAAUUAUUGUAAUUGGAAUGUUUUGUUUAAGAUUAUCCUGUUUUAUUCAUCCUAAUAUUGUACAAAUUGAAAAUAUAUUAGUAAUAAUUGCAGCAUUUUUAUCAACAACAAAUUUUCUUUUUUAUUGUAGAGUUCUUAAAUUUGUUGGACCAUUUGUUAUAAUGGUAUAUAAGAUUAUUGUUGGUGAUAUGUUUAGAUUUUUACUUAUAUAUCUAAUAUUUCUUAUUAGUUUUUCACAAGCAUUUUUUAUAUUAUUUUUAUCAUGUGAACGUGAAAAAAAUAAUAAUAUUACAAAUUUGAUUGGUAAUAAAGAUGAAAAAUUUGAUAAUAUUCUUCAACAACCUAGUCAAACAAUAAUGAGGAUGUUUUUAAUGAGUGUUGGUGAAUUUAGUGCUUUAUAUCAAAAUAUUUAUCAUUGUAAAAGCUCUCUAGCAAUACAAGGAAAAAUAAUAUUUUUAGUUUAUGAAUUAUUAGUUACUGUUAUGCUUCUUAAUCUUCUUAUUGCUAUGAUGACAAGAACAUAUGAAAAAAUAUCAGAAACUCAUAAAGAAUGGAAAAGACAGUGGGCACAAGUAAUACUUAUGAUAGAACAAUCUCUAAGUCCCCAGGAAAGAUUAUUAUAUAUGUUAAAUUAUUCAAGGCCUUUAAAAGCUGAUACUACACAGAGAGGAUUUCUUGUUCGUAAAAAAAUUAAGAAAAACAUUUAA